AAUCAAUUCAAUUUUAUAUCGGAGAUUAAUUUAUUUAUUCUUAUUUCUUUGCCCGUGUAAAUAAUAUAUUUGUGUGAAGUGGUUCGAUUAAAUCUCAUAAGGCAGAUGAGCACCAGCACUCAUCUGCAUGAAGACUCCCAAUCCUCCGAUGAGAAGAUGGACACCGGCUCCGAGUCCCAGCACACACCCAGCUCCCUCUCCGACUACGAAGACCCGGAGACCACAGACCCCGUUCUCCGCCUCCAAAACCCAGUCAACUUAGAGAAUGAUAAAAGCUUAAAAGAUAAUGAUAAUUUAAUUAAUAGUAUGAAUAAUUUAAAGAUCUCAAUAGAAAAUUCGAAUAGACCGAAGAAUUUAAGUUUAAGUCCAAAAUUUAGCUCAACACUUACAUCGACAGUGGAUCAUCCACUUAUGGGGUUAGCCAGUCCCGAUGAGAACUAUCCGGACUUAAUACCAAAGAGAACAGAUGAGAAGGACUUAAGCUUAUCAAGUAUAGAAGAUGAGAAAAACGAAACUAAUGGUUUUUACAGUCCUGAGCGAAAUACUAGUAAAAGUAAUUUAUAUUUUAAUGAUAAUUUUACUACUGCCGAAAGUCAUAUUUUAAGUAAUGCUUUAGAUGUAACUAGUCCGCCCGAUGUGGCCAAGAUUGAGAAGAAGUUUCAGAGGAAGGGGGUGGGGAAUAAGGGGGUGGAGUGUAAGGGGGAGGGGGUGAACAGUUUGGAGGUGUUGAGGGUCACUGGGCAGAGUACGCCAAAGAGGAAUGAGGAGAUUCAGGAGGUUGAAGAGUUUCAUUCGGGGGUGGCCAAAUGGUGUGAGUCCCCCGCGCACAGACCGAGGCCCAAUUUCGAUCUUCCCAUCGAGUUAAAGACCACCAUAAAGCCACCAAAUGACCUGGAUUCCCCCGACGCGGUGUCAUCAUCACAGGAAGACCGGUCAGCGUACCAGGCCCUCUUGGACCCGUACACGGGCAGCGUGGCCCUACGCCCCACGCCGCAGGCCCGGAGCCCCGCCCCCGCCGCGCAACGCCGCAGGAUACAACUGCCUCCAGACGACGAUCAGUGCAGCCUGGACAGCUGCAGCGUGCACUCCCUGGAGUCCGAGGAGGAGCCUCCGGAGCUGGACCCGGAGCCCGGGUACCACACGCCGGUCGAGCAGGAACACAGCAAGAGGUCUACGAACACGAUGAGCUCGUGCAGCGCCAGCGAGCCCAUCCCGGAGUACUCGGCCGCCGAGGAGCUGCGCCGGGAGCGCGCGUGGCUCACUGUACCCAGCCCCGGCGGCGGGCCCGUCGUCUGCGACAUGAAGGUGAUCGAGCCAUACAAGAGGGUGGUGUCUCACGGUGGCUACGACGCGUCCGGCUGUGCCCUAAUAGUGUUCAGCGCCUGUCAUCUUCCUGACGUUCGUCGGACCGACUACCACUACGUCAUGGACAACCUGUUCCUGUACGUAAUAUGGACACUAGAGAGGCUGGUACCAGAUAACUAUAUCCUAGUAUAUCUGUACGGCAGCGCGGGUCCGAGACGGCUGCCAACCAUACACUGGCUAAGGGAAUAUUACAAGCUUAUAGACAGACGGUUACGAAAGAGCUUGAAGCAUCUAUACCUAGUACAUCCCACGUACGGACUGAAGAUAUUCGUUGCAUUCACUAAGGCCUUCGUUAGCUCAAAAUUCUUCCGCAAAUUGAGCUACGUGCGAAACCUGACCGAGCUAAUGUCGCUUGUCCCAGUCGAGCCCAACGCCAUCCCUGAGCUAGUGAAACAGUACGACGCAGGCAAGCGGUAGACAUUGGUACUAAAGCGGUAGAC